AUGAAGCUUCUAAUAAUACAGGCAGAAAUUUCUUUACUUAAUAAUAAUCUUGAGAAUCUUGAGUCUACUGAUGAUGUUUCUACUAUAAGAUCUGCCAGUUGGCAGCUUAAACAAGAAAAAGACUAUCUGGAUGCACAAGAUGACCCUGCUGCAAAGACAGAAGCUGAGGCUGCUAUUACUGUAGUUAUUGGCAAAGAGUUUCAAGGCAAUGUUAAAAUUGGUUCUACUAAUAAGGAUAUUGACACCAAUUUUGAGGAGAACACCAAUGAUGCUAUCAAAACCAUGAACAAGAUUAUUUAUAGAAUUAGCUCUGAUAUUCCUUUGUCUUCUAUGGAUAAAGACAUGAGAAAAGCUUCACUUGAAGAGUUUACCAAAAAUGCUGUUUGUAGAAAAGCACAGAUCCAACAAUAA